AUGGCGACCCCACGAGAACUCAUGGCACUCUUCCAUAUCCGAAGGUCCAUCAAGGACUUUGAAGACCACUCCUCUCCCUUCUACUCCACCUGUGUGAAGGACGACGACAUGUAUGAGUGGACGGCCACAAUCACUGGUACGAAGAAUACACCCUAUGAAGGGGGUGUCUUCUCUCUCGGCAUCCACUUCGAUCCAGGAUUUCUGCUUAAGGCACCGCGGAUGCACUUCAACACACCAAUAUUCCACCCAAACGUCAGUCCUGAGGGCAAAAUCUUCCACCCAAUGCUGGAGAAGGACAUGGUGAGGGAGGAUGCCGCAGAUAUGUUUCACUGUGAAAGGGUCUGCUUCGAUGAACACGCUCGGAGGUGGAUCCAAUUGCACGCCAUGGCGUAA